AUGUCCUCUGAUCCAGUACAAGAGAUCCACCCUGCAUCAACUGCAGUCGACCAAGACGAGCUGAAGAUCCCACUGAUUGACUUUGGUCCAUUCUUCACGGGGACACCAUCAGACAAACAUGCCGUCGCACUCUCCAUCACCGAGGCAUUCAAGACAUCCGGCUUCCUCUAUCUGAAAUCACACGGAAUCCCCCCCGUCCGUCGUAUCCCGAGUAAUCAAAAAGAUGCGCUGGGUUGGACGACCCCACAGUCGAACCGUGGUUACGUCGCCAUCGGACGGGAGAAAUUAACCACCGUCGACGAAACGAAUAGCGAUACCCUGCGCGCCUCCGUACCCGAUAUCAAAGAAACCAUGGAGAUUGGUCGCGAAGUCAAAGAUCAGCCCAACCACUGGCCAGACCUGUUUGAUGACGAUGGAAAAGACUUCAAAGAAACCAUGCAGGCAUUCUUCGAAAUGGGGAAGACCCUCCACAAGCAUAUCAUGCAAGCCAUUGCACUGGGGAUGAAUCUCCCAGAACACUUCUUCGAUGACUUCAUCGGCAUGGGUGACAAUAAUCUGCGACUACUUCACUAUCCGCCCGUCAGCCAAGAAGUUUUCCAAAAUAAUCCUAAUCAAGUGCGAGCUGGCGAGCAUAGUGAUUAUGGCUCGAUCACGCUGCUCUUCCAGGAUAGACAUGGGGGCUUGCAAGUGCGUAGUCCGAAGGGGACUUUCGUGGAUGCUACGCCGAUCGCUGAUACCAUUGUUGUGAAUGCUGGGGAUCUUCUUGCUCGGUGGUCUAAUGAUACUAUCAAAAGCACUCGUCAUCGGGUGAUCCAACCACCUAGGCCUGUGGGUGAGAGUCCUGGUGAUGGUCACCAGACCUACCCUGCGCGCUACAGCAUUGCCUACUUCUGUAAUCCGGAUGACGACAAGUUGAUCGAAGCUCUGCCUGGGACAUACGGUGAGGCUGCCCAGGUGGACAAGAAGUAUUCCGAUAUCACGGCGGGUGAAUACCUAGUUCAGCGCUUGACAGCCACCUAUUAA